AUGGCAGCGACUCACCUGGCCUACAACCUCGUGAAGAUGCCAGGGAGCAAGGGCGUCCUCACCAUCAAGGGGAACACUAAGGAGGUAGUGACGGCGCUCAGGCUCGCCUUCAAGACCGCGGCAGCAGCGCAGCCAGCCAGUGCCAGUACGCCCGAGACCAAGGAGACCGCGCCCGCCAAGAAGAAGAACAAGUCGAAGAAGGAUUGGCCGGUGCUGCCGGCUGGCGUCAAGUUCGAUCCCACGGAUCAGGAGCUGAUCGAGCACCUUGAGGCCAAAGUGAGUGCUGAUAGCGCGAGAUCUCACCAUCUCAUCGAUUUUUUCAUACCAACCAUCGACAGCGAGCACGGCAUAUGCUACACCCAUCCUGAGAAACUUCCAGGUAUCACACUGAGUGGCCUAAGCAAGCAUUUCUUCCAGUGCAAUUCCAGGGCGUUCAAAAGGGGCACGUGGACGCGUCGCAAGAUACAGUCGGAUUGCGGCAUGCACGCGAUGUGGCACAACACCGGCAAUACCUUGCCGGUGAUGGUCAACGGCCGGCAGACGGGCAGCAAAAAGGUUCUGGUGCUGCACACCAACAAGAACUUUGACCAGCAAAGGGCCAACUGGGUGAUGCACCAGUACCACCUUGGGGACCUGGAGCAAGAGAAGGAGCGGGAGCUGGUCCUCUGCAAGAUUUUCUAC